AUGGGUAUCAUCCGAUUCUCUUGUCUAAAUGGCAAUGCAAAAAGAUUUAGCAAACUGCAGUCAACAUGCAAAGAGAAUCAAUCCCAAGUGCCAAAAGGUUAUUUUGCGGUUUAUGUUGGAGAGAUACAAAAGACACGAUUUGUCGUCCCUUUAUCGCUUUUGGAGCAUCCAUUGUUUCAAAGCUUGUUACGCAAGUCGGAGGAGGAGUUUGGAUUCAAACAUCCCAUGGGAGGAGUAACCAUUAUAUGCCCAGAAGAUGACUUCGUCGACAUCACCUCGAAGUUGCUUGUGUCAUGAUCAUAACAAGCGAAAAUGAUUAUAGGUUAAAAGUGUUAUAAGGAUACAAUUAACCAUUUCUAAAGAAUGUAAGAAUCCCCAUUCGGAAACAUGUUGUAAACAUUUGUGAUCUUAAACUUUUUCAGAAGAUCACACUUGACUUUUUGAUUUAUUUUUUAAAUAUGUUAUAUAUUAAACCCUUGUUUCCUACAAGAUUUUUUAAUUUUGUGUUGAUGGGUCCUCAAUGGUUAUAGUUAAACAUUAAGGAGUUUGUAUUUAUCAUAUAUGUCUACCAGUUGUACAGCUUGGUGUUUAAUGUUUAUUAUGUGGGUGUCUUGGAGAUCCCAUGGUGGCAAACAAUGUAUAAAUUGAUUUGGCCCUCCUGUUUUAGGUUGGUUACAAUAAA